AUGCCCACAAUUACUCUACCGCCGAAGGAGAAUGCUCUCUUCAAGAGAAUACUGAGAUGUUACGAACACAAGCAAUACAGAAAUGGACUGAAAUUCUGCAAACAGAUUCUCGCCAACCCAAAGUUUGCUGAGCAUGGAGAGACCCUGGCAAUGAAGGGUUUAACCCUGAACUGUCUGGGGAAGAAGGAGGAGGCCUACGAGCUGGUGAGACGAGGCCUACGCAACGACCUCAAGAGCCAUGUCUGCUGGCAUGUGUAUGGCCUGCUGCAGCGCUCAGAUAAGAAGUACGAUGAGGCCAUCAAGUGUUACCGCAAUGCACUGAAAUGGGACAAGGACAACCUGCAGAUCCUCAGAGACCUCUCCCUGCUGCAGAUCCAGAUGAGAGACCUGGAGGGAUACAGGGAGACUCGGUACCAACUGCUGCAGCUUCGUCCAGCUCAGCGAGCGUCGUGGAUUGGCUACGCUGUGGCAUAUCACCUGCUGGAGGACUUUGAGAUGGCCGCCAAGAUCGUUGAGGAGUUCCGUAAAACGCAACAGACGUCUCCAGACAAAGUGGACUAUGAGUACAGUGAACUGUUGCUGUAUCAGAACCAGGUUCUGAGGGAGGCCGGCCUGCACAAGGAGGCUCUAGAUCACCUCAACAACUAUGAGAAACAGAUCUGUGAUAAGCUAGCUGUGGAGGAGACACGAGGAGAGCUGCUGCUGAAGCUGGACAGGCAUGAGGAGGCUUCAGAGGUCUACAGAAGACUGCAGGAGAGGAACCCGGAGAACUGGGCCUACUACCAGGGCCUGGAGAAGGCCCUCAAGCUAGAUAGUGUAGCAGAUCAUCUGAAACUUUACGAGGAGGCCUGGGUGAAGUUUCCUAAAGGCCUAGUUCCCCGGAGGCUUCCGCUCAACUUCCUCUCAGGAGAGAAGUUCCGUGAAUGUCUGGACAGCUACCUGAGGAUGAACUUCAGUAAAGGCUGCCCACCUGUCUUCACCACCCUCAAAUCCCUCUAUAUCAACAAAGAAAAGAUUUCAAUCAUUGAAGAAUUAGUAGUUGGCUAUGAAACCUCAUUAAAAAGCUGUCGAAUGUUUAGUCAAAAUGAUGAUGGGAAGGAGGAGCCGCCCACGACCUUGUUGUGGGUUCAGUAUUUCCUGGCACAGCACUUUGAUCAUGUGGGCCAGCAGAGCCUCGCCCUGGAAUAUAUCAAUGAUGCCAUCGACAGUACGCCCACACUCAUCGAACUUUUCCUCAUCAAGGCUAAGAUCUACAAGCAUGCAGGAAACAUCAAGGAAGCAGCUCGGUGGAUGGAUGAGGCCCAGGCCCUGGACACUGCUGACCGCUUCAUCAACUCCAAGUGUGCCAAGUACAUGCUGAAAGCUGGCCUCGUCAAAGAGGCAGAGGAGAUGUGCUCCAAGUUCACACGGGAGGGGACGUCAGCAGUUGAGAACCUAAAUGAGAUGCAGUGCAUGUGGUUCCAGACGGAGUGUGCCUUGGCCUACAAGGCCAUGAAUAAGUUUGGAGAGGCCCUGAAGAAGUGUCAUGAAAUUGAGAGGCAUUUUGUAGAGAUCACUGACGACCAGUUUGACUUCCACACCUACUGCAUGAGGAAGAUGACACUGCGCUCUUACGUAGACUUGCUGAAGCUGGAGGAUGUCCUGCGGCAGCAUCCAUUUUACUACAAGGCUGCUCGAACUGCCAUCCAGAUCUACCUGGCCCUGCAUGACAAACCUCUGGCCGAUGACAGCAAGGAGAGCCAGGCAGACACUGAGAAUCUGACAGACAAGGAGCUGAAGAAACUGCGCAACAAACAGCGAAGAGCCCAGAAGAAGGCGCAGCUAGAGGAAGAAAAGAAGAACGCAGAGAAGGAAAAGCAGCUGAAGAACCAGAAGAAGAAGAAGGAGGAUGAUGACGAGGAGAUAGGGGGGCCUAAGGAGGAGCUCAUACCAGACAAACUGGCCAAGGUGGAGAAUCCUCUGGAGGAGGCGGUGAAAUUCCUGAUCCCUCUGAAGAACCUAGUGAGGAACAAGAUCGAGACUCACCUCCUGGCCUUUGAGAUCUACUUUAGGAAAGAGAAGUACCUGUUGAUGCUGCAGUCAGUAAAGAGGGCUGUAGCCAUCGACCCUUCAGACCCGUGGCUCCACCAGUGUCUAGUGCGCUUCUUCAAAGGCGUGAGGGAGAGCGUGGACUUGCCAGAGGCAGUGAGGACGGUGUUGAAGCAGGAGAUCUCCAGGCUGUUUGGGGAGAGCAACCCCCAGAGCUACAAUAAGAACUACCUGAGCCAACACUCAAACUCCAUCCCACACCGACUGGCUGCUGCUAAGAUGAUGGUCUACCUGGAGCCUUGUUCUGAUAAGAUGGCCUGUGAGCUAGCUACUGCUCUGGACGAGUCACUCACUGGGAGAAGCAUCCAGAUCUGCACUGAGGUCCUGGAGGCUUUGCGUGACGGGCAGCUGGGCGAGGCUCAGCAGAAGGCGGCUGAAGCUUACCGAGCCGCCUGUCAUAAGAUCUACCCCUACACCCUGGCCUUCAUGCCCCCUGGUUACCAAGACAACAGCACCAGCAUCAGUGCCAACGGUGACCUAUCAGCAGGAGAACACGACGACAUGGCCAACGACAUGUGAGCCCAGAGGAGGAGAGAGGAGAGAGGAGGAGGAGGCGCGAACACGCCGCCAGACGCCUUAGUCCGCCAACAACACCUGUUUCCCCUCGCCCCAAGCCCCACCCCUCGGCUAUGGCUGUUGUGAAUCGCCCCUGCAUUGCACUGAUCUCGAUGGACUGAGCACCACAGGAGAGAAAGGAAAAGAAAGUGAGAGAGAAAGAGAGAUGGCACAGGAAAGAAAUUACCAUUUUACUUAAAAAAAAAAAAAAAGAAAAGAAACAAAACCCUGUCCACAUCUAUUUUGUAACUGAGAGACAAGAAAUAAUUAUGGUAUGGGGAGG